AUGGUGGGGCAGAGCCCACGGGAAGCUGGUGAGAGCAGGACCCCUGUGCUCCUGGAGCCCUUCCUCCAUCAGGUGGGAGGCCACAUGAGCAUGAUGAAGUACGAUGAGCACACGGUCUGCAAGCCCUUGGUGUCACAGGAGCUGAGCUUCUACGAGUCGCUGCCCUUGGCCAUGAGGCAGUUCACACCCCAGUACAAAGGCAUUGUUUCUGUGCACCUCAAAAAGGACAGCCUUGGCAACCUGACCCUGCUGGCCAGCCCCAGCCUGCAGCCAGAGAGCUGUGCCCGCCGCGAUGCCAUCGGCGACUCCUCGCUGACCAUCUGGCCCAAGUGCACAUGGGCUGUGGGUGCUGGGGCUGAGCACCCAUGCACCAAAUGGAGCCACACACAGCUCAGCAAGACCUUCAAAGACAGCUGCCCGGGGAAGGUGCUAUUGAGGACAGACCUUCAGUACCACACAGAUUCCCUUUUGGAAGAUGAGAAUGGAAACCAGCCAGAAAGAAACAGCUACAACCCCUGGGGACUGCACUGUCACCAGCAGCACCUGAACCGCAUGUCCUCCAAGCACAAUGAGAACAAGCUUCAUCAGUUUCUGUUGCUUGAGAAUGUGGUAUCAAAAUACAACUAUCCCUGCAUCCUGGACCUAAAGAUGGGAACUCGGCAGCACGGUGAUGAUGCCUCGGAGGAGAAGAAAGCCCGGCACAUCAAGAAGUGUGAACAAAGCACCUCAGCAGCUCUGGGUGUUCGCAUCUGUGGGAUGCAGGUUUACCAAGCAGACACUGGCCAUUUUCUCUGUAAAGAUAAGUAUUAUGGCAGGAAACUCACCCCAGAAGGCUUCAGACAAACCUUGCAGCAGUUCCUGUGCAACGGCAACCACCUCCGGACGGAUCUGCUGGAGCCCAUCAUCCUGAGGCUGAAAGCUCUGCUCUCUGUCAUCAGGAAGCAAAGCUCUUACAGGUUCUACUCCAGCUCCCUUCUCAUCAUUUAUGAUGGACAGGAGCACAAGGAGAAUGUGGCCCCCUUGGAUAACCACCUUCACUACCCAAAAGCAAAGUGCACCCCGACACAAGGCUCUCGAGUGGACGUGAGGAUGAUAGACUUUGCCCACACCACUUUUAAAGGCUCCAAAUGCAAUCACACCACUUAUGAUGGGCCAGACCAUGGCUAUAUUUUUGGCCUGGAGAAUCUGAUCAAAAUCCUUCAGAGCAUCUCAGAAGGCAAAUGA